AUGCAUCUUUUGAUCCUCUUCUGGACGCUCACUGUAGCUUCAGCCCUACCAUUUUUUCAAGAGCAGGAGGCUUCAUCCUAUGUCUCAUUGCCAUUGACAAAGAAGCGGUCCGUCGAUGCAGCAAAGCACCGUCGACGGGCCUUCAGCUCUUCGCUUGGGCACAAGAACCUGGUGCAUUAUACCAUUGAUGUCAACAUUGGAACGCCUCCUCAGGCUCUGAGCCUAGUCUUGGACACCGGGAGCAGUGACAUCUGGGCAUAUAGUCCUCAGGUGGAAACCCAAUGCCCAAAUUGCACUUCAACAUACUAUGAUCCCUCAGAGUCCUCCACGGCAAAGAGCCGCGACGACCUCGGCAUCUUCAACAUCAGCUACGUUUCUCAAGACUCGUCGGUGCUGGGCUACUAUGUCGGCGACACUCUCAAGACGGGUGGAGUCUCGGCCAAUGUCAUCCUGGGUGUGGCCACUGAGGCUCAUUCUGGCGACCCUGCCGGCGGGAUUAUGGGCAUCUCCUUUUCUGCCAACGAAGCCAGCGUCUACCAAAGUGACAUCACGUAUCCCAGCUACAUCGACAGCCUGUACCAGCAGGGCAUCAUAGCCGUACGAGGAUAUAGCAUUUACCUCAACGAACUCGCCUUCACCGACACCACUCCCGGCACGAUCAUCUUCGGCGGGUACGACAAGAGCAAGUGGACGGGCGACUUGGUGACGUUUUCGCUCGUGGAGCCUUCACCGGAAGGAGCGAUAGAGCUGGAUAUUGGAGGGCCGAUGAUCACGUUCGUUGUCGACGGCGAGACAUACAAGGUUCCCAACGACCAGGAAUACACGGUGCUCCUCGACACCGGUACCACGUUGACGUAUCUCCCCAAAUCCCAGUUUUUCGCCAUCGCCGACGAACUCGACGCCGAACUGUACGACGAGGACGAGUCCCUCUACGUCGUUUCUUGCGACUACGCAGACGAUGAUGGCGGCCUUGGCUACGAGUUUACCGGUCCGGGUGGCGACGUGCUGAUCACUGUGCCGUGGCCCGAGGUGGUCGUCCCGGACUCGGAACUACCCGACGGGGUGUGUCUGCUGGGCCUCAGCCCGCAGCCCAACGACGAGGGCUUCUACAUUUUUGGCGACACGUUCCUGCGCUCCGUGUACAUGCUCUUCAAUUACGACGCGUUGACCGUGGGUCUGGCGCAGGCGAGCUACGACAACAGCUGCAGCGACUGUGUUCAGUCUUUGAAACCAUCAUAG